UCAAAAGAAUUCUUUAGUAAAACUUGAACUAUGCAACAUCGACUUCCAAUACUUUAAUAAUAAUGCAUUUGAUGCAUUAACAUGGUGUAUUCACUUAAAAUCAUUCGAAAUUACGAAUUGCAAAAGAACGAAUGAUACAUGUUUAAAGCCUUGGCCAAACAUGUUUCCAAAUUUACAAAAAUUCAAGUUCAUCAAUAAUAUAUUUUAUGAUGUUGCAUUUCCGAAAACCUUUAUUGCCAAGAUAAUCGAAUCAGCAAAUAAUAAUCUUCGACACGUUAAAAUCACCUCUACAAGUCCACCACAAGAAGAUAGAUCCAAGAUCGCAAAUACCAUAGCUGAAAAUUGUAAAAAUCUUCAACAUUUAUCAUUCGUAUCGCUAUCGAAUUCGGAAAUUAUUUCGAUUUUAGAUUCAUGUCAAAAGUUGAAAGAACUAAAAUUCUAUACAGAAGAUAACUUUGAUGAUUCAAUCUUCUCAGAAAUGGCGAAACAUUUACCACCUACACUUCAAUAUUGGGAUAUUGCUAUUGAAGCAACUAACUAUUAUCCAUCUCCUAACGCUGUCAAAUCAUUUAUUGAAAAUAUCGCGACAAACUCUCUCAAGGUUUUUCAUUUCACGAGCCUUUAUUUCGGUGAUCCUUUUUUGGAAUGUGCUAUCAAAAGGUUACUCGAACAGAAAGGAAUCAUGACUUCGUUUACGGACGCAAAU